GAUGCUGUGGGACGGAAAAUACACAAAUACCUACUAAAACUUUUUUUUUUGGUGAAAUUUCCCUUUGAUGAAGGAAACACGAAAGUGCCCUAAAUGUUUCAAGUUUACAUUUAGUUAUUAAAAUCCGGUGUUAUUUGGGUUCUAAUGGCUGGUGUUUUACUUUAAAGCUUCACGUGCACUAGUAAGUGAGGAUGGAUCUCCAGCAGUGAGCUCCCUGCACAAGCACUGCAGUGUCGGCGUGCUGUGUGAGCGGCGCCGGAGGAUGCUGCAGUACUGAUGGAACAUUUAAAAGGCAACAUUCUGCGUUUAUUUUCAAUCUAAUAACAGAUACCAGUUUGUUGACGAGGAACGAGCUACAUGAAUGUGAAAUCUUGCAUCGCAUCGCAUCGCCGUGAACUGCAGAUUUGUUCCUUGUUCAGUGAUGCAGCUAGAUUUCCUCUGUUCAGCUGCUUAUGGAGAAGGGUAAACCACCAGUGCUGGAUUUAUAUGGUUUUUAUAUGUGUUUCUUCCACGCGUAUUUCUUUCAAUCUCUCUGAUCGUGUAAUAUUAAUAUGGAGGGUGAGAUUCCAGUCAUAUUAGAGCAGUUCAUGAGCAGCCCUCUUGUCACUUGGGUGAAGACGUUUGGUCAACUAGGUGACAAAGAGGGGAACAUGCUCUCUGAAUACACUGAAUUAGUGGAUGGCAUUUUCUUGAACAAGGUCAUGAAUCAAAUAAAUCCCAAAGGGACUGUUCAAGGUUUAAACAAAGUGAACAAUGACGUCGGCCAGAGAGCGCAAAACCUAUCUGUUCUCAUUUACCACAUCAAAUCAUACUACCAGUUACCUCUGCAUUGGUCCUUUAAUGUGUGUUUACUGUUGCUUGGCUGUGCAGUGCAGUGUGAAAGAAAAGAGGAGUAUAUCGAGAAGAUACAAAGUCUUCAUUUUGACACAAAAGCAGCAAUCGCAGCUCAUAUCCAAGAGGUGACUCAAUGUCAGGAGAAUGUGUUUGAUCUGCAUUGGUUGGAGAUGGAGGGUCUGUGUCCAGAGGAAUGGGAAAAUCUCUGCAGAAGUAUGAGCAUUAACCUCAAAAUGUUAGUGGACCAGCGAGACCAGCAAUUUGAGGCCAUCGUGGAGCUGAUGCAGGGGAAAGAGACGAUAAAGUCUGUAGUGUUUGGUGAUGACUCCUCCCUCACAGAGUCCGCCAGCAGCCGGCUCCCUUUAUCCCAGCAGCAUCUGGCACUAGAGCUGACGGAUGCUAAAGCCAAGAUCAAACGCCUCAGACAGGAGCUAGAGGAGAAAAGUGAACAGCUCUUAGACUGCAGGCAGGACCUGGACAAUGUGGAGGCAGAGCUUAAAAGACUUCAGCAAGAGAACAUGCAGCUGUUGACAGAUGCACGAGCAGCCAGGAUGUACCGUGAUGAGCUGGAUGCAAUGAAAGAAAGAGCCAUCAGAGCAGACAAACUGGAGGGUGAAGUGGCUCGCUACCGAGAUAAACUUCACAACAUGAACUUUUAUAAAGUCAAACUGGAGGAGCUGAAGGAGGAUAAUCAGGUGUUGAUGGAAAGUAAGGCCAUGCUGGAGGAAGAGCUGCAGAGCGUCAAAGCACGAUCUGACAAACUGCACCAGCUGGAGAAACACAACCUCCUACUAGAAUCAAAACUUCAUGACAUGGAAGAGGAAAGAACUGUGGACAGAAGACGAAUAGAGGAGCUGCUGGAAAGGAACGUCAUCCUGGAGCUCUCUCAGAAAAGGAGUAUGGAAGAAUCACAACGUUUGGGCUGGGAGCUAGAACUUGCCAAGAACCCUCAACAGAAUUCAGAGCUGAAGUCUUUGGGCCAAGAGGUAACUGAAAAGACAUGUAGCAGGUUGCUAAAACUGGAGAAAGAGAACCAGAGGUUGUUGAAGACCCUGAAAGAACUUCAAGGAACCAGUCAUUCAUUGGAUGAGUUCAUCUCUGAAUCUAAACAUAUUGAGGAAAAUGGGAUGAUGGACAUAAUAGACUCUAAGAUUCAAAAAUCUACUCCAGCAUUUGCCAACAUGCACAACGACCGAAUUAUCAUUAAGACCAGCAAUCAGUCCCUUGACACAGAACACCUGCAUGCAUCUUUGGAAAGUACUAAUGGCAAUCUUCAUUGCCUUGAAGUAGAGCUCCAUGAAUUGGAGACUGAGAACCAGAGGCCUCAAGUCAAUAUUUACCAAAACCAAGGACAAGUAGACAUAGUAAACCAAGGUCUAGUGCAUGAGAAUGGACAACUGGAGCAAGAUAAGAGUUGUCUGGUGAAGGAGAAUCGGAGAUUGCGGCAGCAAGUGAAGAUCCAGGAGGCCUCAUUGGAUAGUAGCAACCUGAAGUUGGUGGUUCUUGAGAAGGAGAACCGUGCCCUGGUUAAAAAGAUUAACUUUCUUAGUGAAUCCUGUGCUAAGAACAAAGAGAUUGAGAUGGAAAACCAGGAGCUGAUUCAACAGACUGGAGUGGACAAGAGGAUGAUGAUGACAUUAAGAGAGGAGCUGCUGGACCAGAGGUUGAAAUUGCAACAGAAAGAAUCUGAUCUUGAAAAAUUGGCUUAUGAACUAGAGAGGAUGAGGUUAAACCAGGAGACACAAAUGGGAGACCACGAGGCUGGAGACCAGAGUCUCAGUCAGUGUAAGCAGUUGGAGUCAGAGCUGGAGUCUUCUCUAAUGAAAUCCCUGAAGAUUAAGAAAGAGAGAAUGGCUGCCCUCGAGGCCCGUCUGCAAGAAUCGGCCAAGAUAAACCAGCAACUGCGACAGGAUCUUAAAACUGUCAAACAGAACUAUGAGGCAUUGCUUCAGAGAGAUGAGGAGGAAAAGGCAGGACAAUGUUCUCCAACAGAGUGGACAUGGCACCGAGAGAGUCAGGAGGCCACGUGGGCAUUGCUUAAGCUCAAGGACCGACUCAUUGAGGUGGAGAGAAAUAAUGCAACUUUGCAGGCUGAGAAACAGUCAUUGCAAACACAACUGCAGACAUUGCAGGUGCAGUCAGAUGGGUUGCAGGCACAAAUAAUUGCGUUACAGCAGCAGACGGCUUCGUUGCAGGAAAGCAACACAGCACUGCAGACACACAAUGCACAACUGCAGGUAGAGAAGUCCACUGUAACUUCCCAGAAUUCCUCUCUGAUGACUCAUAAUGCACAGCUACAGCGGAAAUGGCAGAGUUCGGAGGCUGAGAGGGAGGGCGCGAUACGGGAGAGAGAAGAUCUGCGCACCGUUAAUGAGCUUCUUCUCCGGGACCACGAGAGACUGAGCGUCCUGCAUGAGAGACAGGCAGCAGAGAUGGAGGUGCUCUCUCACAGGUACUCCACGAUGGAGAACAGUCACCGAACCCUGGAGAUAGAGCACCGAUCACUGGAGGACAGGUAUAACAAGCUACUUCAGCAGCGCGCUCAGCUGGAGGGGUUAGAGAGAGCUCUCAGAGAAGAACAGCAGAAGAUGCAGAAUGAGAUAUGCACAAGCAGGAGCACAACAGCAGAGUGCCAAAGACUCCGAGAUGAGAAAGACUGGCUGAAUCAAACCUACCAGAAGCUGUUGGCAGAGAAUGAGGAACUUCAAGUUGAGCACAAGAGCAUAAAGAGCCAGUUGAACUCCUGCAAACUGGAGCAGACACAGCUGGAGUCAGAGCUGUCCAAACUCAAGCAGCAGAACCAGCAGCUGGAAAUCACCUGCAUUAAACUGACCAACCAGUGUGAGUUGCUGACCCAGCUGAAGGCAAACUUGGAGGAAGAGAACCGACACUUGCUGGACCAGAUCCAGAGCCUGAUGCUGCAGAACCGAACCCUGCUAGAUCAGACCAUGGAGAGCAAGGACUUGUUCCAUGUGGAGCAGAGACAAUAUAUGGUGAUGUAUGCGUGUCGUUUUGUGAUUUUUCAUGUUCUUUCCUUCAAAACAAUUUCCUUCUUUCACUAUGACAACGUUCACAAACUUUCUUAUUGUCAUGUUUUUCCUCCCUCGCUUCACAUUUUCCAUUGUGGUGAUCAAGUCAGCACCCUGAAAAUGUUUCAUGUUAAGCGUAACAAACCAAAGGAUAAAGACAAAGUCAAGUCUCUCUUCCGCCGAUCUCUGUCCAUGAAUGACCUGCUGCAGUCAGAGGGAUGUUUGGAUGAGGACUCUGGGAAGCAGGAAGAUCAGCCAGAAGAGCAAAUAAUGCAGCACGCCAUUGCCAUUUCAAAAAAACACUCCACAUCAUCAUCAUCAUUUCAUCACUACUCUUCUAUAGACAAUCAUACAGUAAUCUGUAAUCAAGGUAAAGAUUUUCAAGGAGACACAAUUCCACCAAGGCUUGCAAAUGGCACCGAAGGCCAAGAUAAUGGCCUGAAUGGCAAAUCGAGUCGUGCCCCAAGCGCGAGCAGUGGCGAGUUCAGCAUAAGCCUGGAGAACGAGGCCUGGUCCAGUGAUAGCAGCCCCCUUCCGGAUCCACUCUCGUCCAGCCGGCAACGAUUCAGUGACUCCCCUUCCCCAGCCCGACCCAACCACGAGGAUCUCAGGCAGGGAUACAGCUCCUCAGGGAGUGGUGUACGCAGAACCAGCAGUGGAAAAUCUGCUGGAGAACGUUCAGCCCAAAAGCUGGACAAAGCAAGCAUUGGAUUGUACAAAACUCAGAGUGUGCAAAGUACAGAGUCUGAGUCUAAACCUGCUCUUGAGACACAGGGGAAGUCCUCCUCCGUAUCGGGGUGUUUGAACUGCUUUGCCACGCCAAUGCGAAGCCCUAAAACAGGCCAGGCUCUGUCCACUCUGCCCCGCGCCAGCUGUGUCAUCUCAACGUCAGAGGGCAACAGUCGACGUGCCAGUGUCCAUAGCACUAUGUCAGUGAAGUCAACGGGAGCGGUGUCGAGUAAGAACGGUACUGAACCUCAGCCCGACCCCAGUGAUGAGGUAUUAAAAGAAAGCCCUGACUUGGAAGAGGAAGACCACAAACCAGAACAGCUUUUUGAUUCACCAUUCACCAUUGAUUCGGUCUUCACAAACACAAUUUUCAGUGAGUGAAGUUGAAAUGAUACCAGUUAGAAAAGGUUCCACGUAAACCCCUUUACUGAAAUCAUACCAGAAUCAUAUAAAUACGAACAUCUUAUUCUGACCACAUGAAAGGUAACUAUGCACUAUGAAUAUGCCAUCUCUGAGGUGAAUUCAGGCAUAAUCAGUCAGGAAGCCAAGAAACAAUCCUCGUCCUUGAACAAUCCUCAACUACGGUCCUUAGUUUUUCUUGGUUGACACAUGUAUAUUUUUUCCCCUAUCACUCCAUAUUUUGUCUCCUAAUCUUUAUUGUUUGCAUUAUAACUGUUGCAUUAUAACUUAUAUAUGUGGUAACUGAUCCCAAGUUUUUGUUGUUUUGUUUUUUUUCCAAAUUCCAUGCAUGAAGGUUAAAUGUAAAAAAUGUAAAUUAAAUACAAGUGUCCCUUUGAGCAUGUAGCAUCAAAACUGCUGUGGUUCAUUUGUUCUGUCUACCGUAUAUUAAAGUAUUUUUCCUUUUUUGCAGUAUAGAGGAGCAGUAUUUUUUAGCUAAAAUGCACCUUGUGUUUGUUAAAAACCAGUUAAUAUUUCAGAGUACCUGUGUAUCUUGCUUAAGCUUCAUCAUGCUUUCCUUCUAACGUAAUAAAACCUGUUUGUUUG